UGACCCCAGCACCUGUCACCCCCUAGAUGUCGCCCUCUGGUCGCCUGUGUCUCCUCACCAUCGUUGGGCUGAUUCUUCCCAUCAGAGGACAGACAUGGGGGAAGGCCACAUCCAUUUCUCCAGAGGAACCAGAUUCUAAGAACAUUCAGCUCAUGACACCAGCCCCAGACGCAGUCUACCCAGAACCCCAGCCCACCCCUCAGAUCCCAACCAGGCCUGCUAAUGAAGCAACACAAAACCAGACCGAAACCCCAACUCAGCAAGCGACGGAAACAGAUGGACUUCUGAAGACAGAUCCUGGGAUCCACGAGAGCGGCAAGAAAGUCACUCUCUCUGCCCAUCCCAUGGAAGGCAACACCAUGCUCUCAGAAAGACGACCCCAAGGCACAGACGCACGGACAAAGCCUCAGCCUCUCAGGCCAUCUGGUUCCCGUGAGGACAACCCCUUCUUCUACGAUGAACACACUCUCCGGAAACGGGGGCUGUUGGUGGCAGCUGUGCUGUUUAUCACCGGGAUCCUCAUCCUCACGAGUGGCAAGUGUAGACAGCUGUCCCAGUUAUGUCGGAAUCGUUGCAGGUGAGUCCAUCAGAAGUAGGGGCCGACAAGCCGAUGGGCACCCUGAAACUGAGCCUCCCGCCCACCCACCGUGCCCAGCUUCCUGCCUCCCCUCAAAGAACCUACAGAAUCGUCAGUAUAAGAAGCCCAGCCUGAGAGGAAAGACACAGGCAGACGGAGCCAGAGCUGGGGCUGAAGCCCGAGUCCUCUACUUCCCCACCCUGCCUGCCCUUGCAGCCCGCUGGGCACCCUGUCCGUUGCCCCUCAAGUUAUCCCACUCUGUUCAGACAAAAAAUAAAGCACUGUGAUCCUGC